AUGUCCACGCCCACACCUCCCCAUCGCUACACUCGCACUUCCCCACCUCCACACCCAGAAUAUCGCCAUUUCCACACCCACACCUCCCCAUCGCUACACUCGCACUUCCCCACCUCCACACCCAGAAUAUCGCCAUUUCCACACCCACACCUCCCCAUCGCUACACUCGCGCUUCCCCACCUCUACACCCAGAAUAUCGCCAUUUCCACACCCACACCUCCCCAUGGCUACACUCGCACUUCCCCACCUCCACACCCAAAAUAUCGCCAUUUCCACACCCACACCUCCCCAUCGCUACACUGGCACUUCCCCACCUCCACACCCAUAAUCUCACCAUGUCCACGCCCACACCUCCCCGUCGCUACACUCGCACUUCCCCACCUCCACACCCAGAAUCUCACCAUUUCCACACCCACACCUCCCCAUCUCUACACUCAUACCUCCGCAACUCCAUCCCUUCCUUUCUCUACACCAACCACAUCCUCCAUCAGACUCUGUUGUGUGGUAGCGUCAUGGCCUUUCACUGUCUUAUCUUGA